AUGGCCGACAACGACAUUGCCACACGGGCGCCCGAGAGUGAUGCACAAGAACAGCCGGUGGAGCAGGCAGGACAGAGUGUCUUCCCUGGCGACACCACAGCACAAGAGGGGCCAACGAUGGGUGAACACUGCACAACAGAUCGGCCCUCUCCGCCUGGCCAAAAACCUACUGGCGAGUUCUCGAAGCUCGGCGAUAUUGAAUGCUACAUAGCAAAGCCUUCCGACUACCCGCACUCACCUUCGAAGCUCCUACUUCUCCUUACUGGUGGAACGGGCAUCAAAUCUACCAACAACCAGUUGCAAGCCGACAAGUAUGCUUCCGAGGGAUAUGUAGUCGUCAUGCCCGACCAAUUUAAUGGCAACCAGGCGCCCAACAGCGUCAUGCCCGAAACUUCGGAGCAAGCAUCGUGGCUAGAGCAGGCAAAAAUGAAGGGUGCGGAAGUUUUGAAAGCACUCUUGAUCGACAAGUGGCUUGCUUAUCACACUCCGGAGCGCGUGCUUCCGGUACUACACAAAGUCAUCGAAGGCGCCAAAGAAGAGUUCGCAGACGCCGUCGCAAACGGAGAAGGCAUAUACGGUGUAGGAUAUUGCUUUGGUGCCAAGUACAUUCUGAUCUUGGCUGGCGAACAUCCCGAUACUGCUUCAGGGGGACAGGCACCGCCCAAGGACGAAGAGCAAGGGACCGUGAGUAACGCACCUGUCCUCCGAGCAGCAGCAGUCGCGCACGGAACCAUGGUGAUGAAGGAAGACCUCGAAGCAGUCAAGGUGCCCACCUACAUAGUCGCUGUCGAGAACGACUCGCUGUUCUCAGAAGAAGAAGUCCUGACACCUGGUCGAAGAGCAAUGGAGACCAACAAGGUCGAGCACGAGGUCAAAGUGUUCUCUGGUGUGCCACACGGCUUCGCGGUCUUGGGCGACUACGAAGACGCCAAGAUCAAGCAGUCGCAAGAGGAAGCUUAUGGACUGAUGCUGGCCUGGAUUCAGGCACACUGA